UAUGUUGGCUACACUACCUCGUUUAACAUUUCUAAAGGUUAAAAUUGAUUUAUCAAUGCUUGGUAAUGUUAUCAAAACUUGAAAAAUCAGAUGUACCUAUGAUACUACCAGAUCAAGCCCAAGUUACGCCAUGUAUCGAAAUUUUCAACUUAACGGGAGUUUCUCCAAUGUGCUCAAGGGGUGUACCGAAGUUGUAUCUGCAUCGUCAACCAAGACACCGCAAGCCGUUAAGUCAUCAUCAGUCAAACAAAUUACACCAUCUGAACCUAUUCAUUUAAAUAAUUAUACUAUGCAAAGUAGUUUGUUAUCAAAGAAGAUCCUGACAUCAGUUGUUGCUACUCAGAUUCGGUUGGCUCAUACUGAUAUUAAGUAUCCUGAUUAUUCAGCAUAUCGCCGUGAUUCAGUAAAAAGUCCAACGGCGUCUAAUCGAGAUACCUAUGAAAGUCGUAACGCUUUUACUUACAUGGUUCUUGGAACCGCUGUUACUGGUACAGUAUUUUGUGCCAAAGCUGUAGUUCAUAAAUUUGUCUUGUCGAUGGCACCAGCUGCUGAUGUUUUAGCUUUAGCGUCAAUAGAGGUUAAUCUCAAUGAAAUACCCGAAGGCAAGAAUGCAACAAUUAAAUGGAGAGGAAAACCGUUAUUUGUGAGACAUCGUACAGCAGCAGAAAUUCAAACUGAACAGAACACAAAUGUGGCAGAGUUAAGAGAUCCAGAGGAUGAUUCAGUAAGAGUGCAAAGACCCGACUGGCUUGUCAUUGUGGGUGUGUGCACGCAUCUUGGAUGUGUACCUAUUGCUAAUGCUGGGGAUUGGGGUGGAUACUACUGUCCGUGCCAUGGAUCACAUUAUGAUGCUGCAGGCAGAAUUCGUAAGGGCCCUGCACCAACAAACAUGGAAGUCCCACCUUACAAAUUCAUAGAUGAUAAUACACUUGUCGUUGGUUAGUAAAGCGUUGCAGAAGUAUUGUGUCCUUUAGAUUGCACAUAUGUUAUUAAAUACUUGUCAAAAUAAACCCUGUAUCCUGCUGCUGUAAGUUAAUUAUUAUAAAAAUGUAUUGUUAAUUUAUUACUCGGUUUGAUUUUUAAAUUAAACAUUUCAUGUAACCUA